AUGACUGAUGAGAAACAAGCUUUCUCAAAAGGCAGAAACCAUAUGACAUCGAGACCUUCCAACGGUUCAUUAUUUCAUAGGUUUUCUGAAUCUAUAAAAGGUAUUGCUGACUCAAGACCACACGGUAAAUAUACGGUCCAAGACAUCGAUGACAUUAUAGCAUCCACAGCUCCAAAUAGAGAUUCAGCGCAGUCAGACAGUAUUAGCGACAAUGUAGACCAUGAUCAAGACGGGGAUAUACCGAUGUUUGACUUGAACGAUGAAACCGACGUUGAAAUGAUUUCUGAAUAUCUUUCUGACCAAAGGGAAUUAGAAGUACAACCAAUGGUGUCUUCUAUGCAAAGAAUUGAUGACAGCAUAUUGCUAUUGAACCCAACAAUUUUGAAAACUGUCUUCGUCGUUGACACUAAUUUCAUUAUUUCACAUCUAAAUACUCUAGAAAAGCUGAGAACACUAUGUAACACUUACCACCACUUGAUAAUCAUACCAAGCACCGUAAUUCAAGAGCUGGACGGAUUAAAAAAGAACUUCGAUGUCGUUAGAGAUGUCGAUAGUGACACUAAUAAGGAACGGGGUAAAACAAUAGGUACUCUAGCCAGAUGGGGAAACGAUUGGAUCUACAAAAAUCUUGCAAACUUAGAUUCUGGUUUAAUAGGUCAAAAAUUGAAGCAAAAGUUGAAUCCAGACUGUAUAAAGGAUGAUUCUAUAUUGGACUGUUGUUUGUAUUUCAAAGAGGUUCUAAAUUGCUUUGUUAUUUUACUCUCAAAUGACAAGAAUCUUUGUACAAAGGCAUUAACUGAAGGUGUACUAACUGUUUCAUUUAGGAAAGGAAUGGAUGCAAAUUUAAUUGCUUUGAAAGCAUAUGAAGAGAACCAAAUGAGGUUUGCUAAUUCGUCCGUCUCCACAAUAAAUACUCUAGAUCACUGUGACACGUCAAAUGCCUAUGUGCCCGAUGUAAAAUCGACUUCUUUGUCUUUAGAUGAACUCUUACAAAAUAUCUAUGACCAAAUAAGGGAAGCAGUUUUUUUUGCCAUUGAUCAUGCCCUAAGAAAAGAGUAUGGGGAAGACAUUGAAUUUAUCGAUUACAAUCCAGAAGAGUUAGUUACACUAGCAAACGCUUCGCGUUGCAUUUUUAUGUUUUGGGUAUCUGUAUUUUCAGUGCUUUUCAAGCACUCAAAGAUAAAAAAGGAUGACUGGAAAAAUUUACCUACAAUUUUAAUAUCCAAACCGACGAAUUUAAAUGACUUGAAAACAUUUGAACAGUUUUGGGAGAACGUAUUGCAUUUCUUAUUUAGCAAAUCUACAAGAGACGAAAAAAAAUUGUUAGAAGAACAAAUUAAUUUAUGGAAAACAUCUGUAAACGCUGCACCUACUUGA